AGCUGUGAAUCCCGAGUCUCACCAUGAAGUUGACUUUGUUGUUGGUGUUAGCCAUUCUUCCUAUCAUCAGUGCUGGCAAUAUCAAGCGGGCGGAAUCCAAGCUCGAGAGAUGUGAGCCUUCAGAUGAGGAUGAAUGUACAACUAGUCCUGCUAUCAACGGCAAGUGCAAGGUUUCGUGUGAGAAUGAUGAGAAGACAGCUGCUGGAAGGUCACUGUGUUGCAAAGGUUUGACAUGCUGUCACAAAAGUAAAGAUGCUUGCAGUAGGGCGUAUGAAGGGGCUUUCUGUGAUGUUGGUCCGUGUGAUCCAGAUUUGGUACAGAUAAACAACGAUGAUUUGUGCAGGAAUGGUUUUGUCUGCUGUAAAUCUAAACCAACCUGGAAUGGCAUACCUGAUCCUCGCCCCGGGGAGCUGGGUGACCCCCAAUUCGAGACAUUUGACGGCUUCCACUUCAGCUACCAGGGGCCUUGCAUGUACUACUUGGUACAAGAAGAUUCAGUUGUUCCCAAUUUUAGUGUAAUGUCAAAGCACGUAAACGGUCGUGAUGAAAAGGGACAAUCCGUGACUUUUGUGUCCAGCGUUCAUAUUGACUACUAUGGAUACAAAAUUGAUCUAUUGCAAGGCUACCAGGUCAUGGUUGACUCAUAUGACAUCAGCGAUGACCUACCAAAGACGUACUCGCGUGAAAGUUCAAUGAGUUUCACCAUAAGAUGGGCCAACGCAAACAGAAAUCUCCUCGUUGCAGAGUUUCCUGGUUUGUUCGAAGUCAUUUGGAAUGGAAAAAGUCGCGUGAUUGUCGAAUUGGAGAAAGAAUUCAAGGGCAAGGGACAAGUUCAUGGGAUGCUAGGCAACAAUAAUGGGGACUUGACGGAUGAUCUUGAAGUGCGAAAGGAAGAUGGCAACAUAGUUCUCUUAUAUCCCAUUGAGAUGAACGAGGAUGGAAAAGUGGAACACCCACCACGUUAUAUAAUUGAUCAAUUCGGCGAAAUGUGGCUUGUGCCCAACAGCUGUAAACACUAAUAAGACGUACAGUCUUAUGCACCUCGUCGCUGGCCUCGGACGUACUCCAAGAC